AUGUCGUAUUCAGGAGCCCUCAACCCGGCCUCGGAGGACUACGAGUCCCGUCCUCAUUACUACAUUGGCCAGCACGACUCGGACCGGUGCGAGGUCCUCGACGACGACCAGUACAACCAGGUUCUUAACAGUGGAUUCAACUUUGUCACUGCCCCAAUCACCAACCAGCAUUUCUUCCGGAGGGUUGUCAACCAGCACAAGGAAUUUCUCAAGGAGAGGCAAGAAUGGAACGACCGUCUGGCUCCGGCUCAAAGGACGAACCCGUCUCUGCCAGUACCCAUCGUGCCUACACUGACAGAUGAGGACACCUCGCUGUACCCAAGCCACCACAUCGGCUCCUUCAUCACCUAUGCCAGCCCAUGGAUCGACCUUUGCUCCACAGACCCGUACAUCUCGGGCGUCUCUCGCCAGGUCCUCAACAUGGAGGUCGCCUAUGCCAACUUCUGCGGUGCCAGGACCAUCGUGAUCCCCGGGCCUAGGCAAGAUGAGAGCGGCCGUGGUGUUGCUCAGUUUGCCCGUGCGAUUCAGGAGGCGUUGCUUCAGGUGACAAGGGCUAACCUGAUCAUUCACCUGCCCAUGUACCGCGAGCCCCUGUUGGAGGAGAAGUGCGAGACGCUCUCGGAUAUCUUUGACGGGAGCCGUAUGGACGCUGACCCCAAGAAAGAGAUUGACAUCUUCACUUCAUGGGACUCAUGGCACACCAUCCGCUCAGUAUGCGAGUACUCGAGCAGAUUAUUCCUCGCCCUCCGCAUUCCUCGCCGUGUGCCGGAAAAGAACCUCCAGGAGCGGUGGUUCUCGGAGCCAUUGCACUUCUUGACCAUCGGCCAGUCCGUCUUUCAGUCCAACCGAGCCGGCAGCCCAACCCUCACCAAGCACCACCAAGAUCUCAUCAACCGUUACAUGCGUCUCAAGAACGCCCCCUGGAUCAUCCUGAAUGAUGUCGGCCCCAACGCCGAAGACCUCGGCGCCGCCCGUGCCAUCAAAGCGAUCGAGUACCCCUCCCUCGCCGAAGCAAGCAAAGCCCUCCAGGAACGCAAGCCCAAGUCGGGCCUGAACGAGUACGUCUCGUACAUGAAGUACCUCGAGCGCCAACAACCCCCCUACACGGCCAUGGAAACCCCAGCCUUGACUAGUUUCCAAGACUGGCUCCAGUCCCCCCUCCAGCCCCUCGCCGACAACCUCGAGUCAGCCACCUACGAGGUCUUCGAGGGCGACCCGGUCAAAUACGACCAGUACGAAGCCGCCAUCAAGGAAGCCAUGGCCGAGUGGAAGAUCCUCAAGAAGCCCUCGGCCCUCGGGACAGAGAGCGAGCCUUACAACCCAGAACUCGUCUGCGCUGUCGCCGGCGCCGGCCGUGGGCCUCUUGUUACUCGUGUCCUCCGCGCAGCACAGGCAACCAACACCAAGAUCCAACUCUGGGCCGUGGAGAAGAACCAGAACGCGUUUGUCUACCUCUUGAACAAGAACAAGCGGGAGUGGGACGGGCAGGUGACGCUCGUCAAGACAGACAUGCGCGGCUGGGGCGGGCCGGUUCCCCGGGGGUCGUCUACGCCGUGCAAAGUUGACAUACUGGUGACGGAGCUCCUUGGUUCGUUUGGAGACAAUGAGCUGUCGCCUGAAUGUCUGGAUGGCAUCCAGAACCAUCUCUUUCAACCGAGCGGGAUGUCCAUCCCUCACAGCUACACCGCCCACCUCUCCCCGAUCUCCACCCCGAGGCUGUUUGCUGACAUCGCCUCCCGCGAGUCAGACCCGCACGCGUUUGAGAUCCCUUAUGUUGUUAGAUUGUUUCAGCUGGAUUUCAACGCGCAAAAGGUCCCUAAUCACCCGAGGUUUCAGCAGGCGUGGGAGUUUGUUCAUCCUGUUGGUGUCAACAGGGCGGACGAGUUUGCUGCUGAGUAUGGGUUUGGGAGGAAGUAUGUCACUCCCGGCGGGGGGGCGAUGUAUGGGAGUAAUGGGACGAACGAGCAUAAUGCCAGGCGCUGUCACUUGACGUUUGUUUGCCCUACGCGGGGUGUUACUCAUGGGUUGGCGGGGUAUUUUGAGUCGACGCUUUAUGAGAGCCAGUUGGAGGGGGGGGGAGAGGGGAAAAAGGUGGAGAUUAGCAUCUUGCCUGAUCAGAUCGAUAGGAAGAGUAAGGAUAUGAUUAGUUGGUUUCCCAUCUUUUUUCCGCUCAAGAAACCGCUGUACUUUCCUCAGGACGCCGAGUUGGAGGUUAGCAUGUGGAGGCAGACGGACGACACAAAGGUUUGGUAUGAGUGGCUGGUCGAGGUGUACGCCUGGGUUGGGCCGCAGACGAGGAUCAAGGUGGGGGCGAGCGAGAUGCAUAGUAGUAAGAAGGUUGCUUGUUUGAUGUAG